CACACAACGCGAAUAAUAACGGUAAAAGAUCAGGUCAGUGCAAUUGGCAAAACGUAGUGAAAAACGGAGGAGGAGGUGAAGGCGUUAAAUUUUGCAUGUACCGUAUGUGUGUGUAUGAAAAACAAUUCAAUAUUUUGGAGAUAUUCAAAUAAACAAAACGUCUCGCGUGCGCCACUUGGUCAAGAGUGAAAACAGAUCCGUUGGCCGCCACAACGAAAGUGCGGGGGCGUAGAGGCGAAGAAGUUUCUGCGAUGACGGCACUUUAAACGAUUGAUUGCAGACUAUAAAGCGUUUUGUGUGUCAAUAACAUAUGUAUUUAAGCGAAUUUUCCUCAAUUUUCAUGAAUGAGUCGAGUCGGUGGACACAGAAAUUACGAAAACCGAAAUUGUAGUGUAAACAAAAUCAAACAGCAUGGAAAAUGUGCGGUUUUCCAUAAUUGAGAACGAACUAAAAUGGCACUCGGAGAGUGAGGCAGCCGAGAUGGACAUGCUCUAUGAUAAGAGCAGCAUCUCCAGCGAGGUCAACAGCGAUGCUGUGUUUAGCAAUGAGGCGCAUGAGAUAUUUGCCAGGCAGCAGCAGAAUCAAGUGCUCUGGCAGCCUCAAGAGAUUGAGGACACACUAUGCAUGCUGCCCAAGGCCAGGCACAUGCUGGAGAUGGUCAAGUCGGGUUGCUUUCUGGAGCUAAUGAUUGAGCCCAGCGACUGCAAGCUGGCGCUGAUUUGUUGUGCCAUCUAUGGCUCUGUGGAGAACAUUAUCUAUCUGCUGACACACUUUAAUGCCGAUCCAAAUGCCUGCGACAGUCGUGGACGCACUAUGUUGCAUUUUGCUUGUAUGCGCGCCAAUGCGCCCAUUGCAAAGGUGCUGCUGGAUCGUGGCGCCGAUCCAAAUCGCUGGGAUGCUCAGAAGGAAGUGACACCGCUGCACUGUGCUGCCAGCUCCAAAAGCGUCGAGUGUAUUUUGCUUUUGCUGCGUCGCAAAGCAAAUAUAAAUAUUGGCAUUGAGCGCCGAUCUGGUUUGCAUUAUGCCAUCGACGGCAAUGCUGUGGAUUGUGUGGAAACUUUGCUAAAAUACGGCGCCGAUCCGAAUACGCCGCAAGUUUACACGGAGACGCCGCUGCAUACGGCAUCUGCCUCCGGAUUUACGCGCUGCGUGGAGCUGCUGCUGCAACACAAUGCCGAUGUGCGUUCCCAAUUUGGAGAAGGCAAGGUGACAGCAUUGCAUUUGGCUGCUGAGAACGACUAUGCGGAGUGUGUGCGUCUGCUGCUGGAUCAUGGCGCCGAUGUGAAUUGCCGGAAUGCCAGCCAGCAGACGCCGCUGCAUUUGGCAUGUCUUUCGCAGUCCAUUGGCACGGUGGAGAUCUUGCUCAAGUAUGGCGCCAAUGUGAAUGCAGUUUAUCGCGAUGGACGCACAGCGCUGCAUGCGGCAAUAGUGAAGCAGUCGCGUUGCCUGGACUGCUGCAAUGCGCUGCUCAAGGCGGGCGCCGAUGUCAACAAGGCGGAUGACUAUGGCUAUACGCCACUGCAUAUUGCAGCGUUGAACGAGUUCAGCAGCUGUGUUUACACCUUUAUAGAGCAUGGCGCUGAUAUAACUGCACGCACCGAUGGCCACACCUCCGCCUUAACCUUCAUUGUGCGGCGCUGUCCCGAGAUUAUACCCAAGCUUAUGCAUAAGCUGGACAGCUCUAUAACAGCAAAUGAGCAUGAGAUUGGCGAUGUGGACUGUCAAAUCAAGCUGGACUUUCGGCUGCUGGUGCCCAGCUCCUCCAUGGAAAAAGGCGAAACGGAGCUCAUGCUAACACUCAUCGAAGUGGGACAAAAGCGCAUUUUAAUGCAUCCACUCUGCGAAACGUUUCUCUUUCUCAAAUGGCGACGCAUACGCAAAUUCUUUCUCAUGAGCCUGGCCUAUCAUACGCUCUUUGUGCUGCUCUUUACGCUCUACGUGAUUGGCGUCUAUGUGCGCUGCUGCAAAAAGGACGAGCCAUGCCAAGCGCCCGCUUAUGUUUCCAGCCUAGGCUAUGCAGUCAUCACGCUUAAUCUUGUGCUGCUGGGCAAGGAGCUGUUCCAGAUGGCGCAUGGUCUACAUGGCUAUGCCAAAUACUGGGAGAAUUGGCUGCAGUGGACCAUUGUCUUUGGUGUUUUGCUGUGUGUGACACCCGAUAUACUUUGGACUCGCGAUCUGUUGACUGUUCCUCAGUGGCAACAUCAUGUAGCCGCAGUGGUUAUACUGCUAGUUUGGCUGGAGCUUAUGAUGCUGGUGGGACGCUUUCCCAUGUUUGGCGUCUAUGUGCAAAUGUUUACCAAGGUUGCUGUCAACUUUGCCAAAUUUCUGCUCGCCUACAUUUGCCUGCUCAUUGCCUUUGGACUGAGCUUUGCUGUGCUCUUCAAUGAUUAUCCUGCCUUUGAGAAUAUCACCUGGUCCGUGCUCAAGUCCUUUACUAUGAUGUCGGGCGAGCUGGAGUUUGAAGACAUAUUCUAUGGCGACUAUGCAGUCAAGUUUCCGGUCACCUCGCACAUUAUCUUUCUGGCCUUUGUGCUGCUGGUAACUGUCAUAUUGACCAACUUGAUGCUGGGCCUGGCUGUUAGCGAUAUACAAGGACUGCAGGUAUCGGCUACGCUGGAUCGUCUGGUCAGACAGGCAGAGCUGGUGUCCCGACUGGAGAGCUUCUUCUUUUCGAAGCUGCUGCGCAAUGCGCCGCUGGUGCAGCUCUGCAAGCGCAAAGCGCUGCUGCGCACCUCACGCGACAAAUUGCAGUUCACAGUGCGUCCCAAUGAUCCACGCGAUCGCUCCGAGCUGCCCGAGGAUAUCAAGCUGAAUAUCUAUAAACUGGUGGCGGAGCGCAGAGAUCGCAAUAUGAGCAUACGACGCAGACAGUUUGAGAAUAAUUAUCACAUGUUUAGCUGCAGUUUGCAGCGCAAGCAGCAGCAGCAGCAACAAGAGACACCGCAGCCGACGCAGCAGCUGCCGGCGGAACAGCGUUACUCCAAUCAGGCGCAGCAGUUUCAAAUGCAUGAGCUGCUGCGUCCACGCUCGGCUACGAAUGUGCCGCAGCAGCUGCGGCAGGAGCAGCAAACCAUAGUGAAGCUUAAGAACGAAGCCAACGAUUGGCGCUUGGAGCUGCAGCAGCUGAAGCAACAGCUCAACGAGCUGACGCUCAAAUUCGAUAAAUUUGCAGACACUGCUAUGCGUAAGCUCAACUACAGCGCCGAUGAGCUCUGCCGCAUGAAGCAGCAGCAGCAACAACAGCAGCCAGGCAUGACGUCACCAGCGAAUACGCAACGUCAACAUCAUCGUUAAGCUUUAUAGUUUAUAAACAUAUAUAUAUAUUUUGUAUUACAUUAAAUGUGCAACAUUUA